AUGUUACUCUUCGAAGAUCCAACGUAUACGAAUCUCAACCGCCUGCAGGCCCAAGUCGUAUCUAACAUCACCACGUCAAUGAGAUUCAGGGGUGACGUGAACACCAGCUUGGAAGAAUUGCAAACAAAUCUCGUGCCAUACCCGAGAAUACAUUUCCUGUUAAUGGCCUAUGCGCCAAUGAUCACUCACAGGAAAGCGAUGCACACGAACAUGUCGGUCCAGCAAAUUACGUUCGAAUGUUUCGAGCCUGCUAAUCAAAUGGUAAAAUGCGAUCCCCGCAUCGGAGCAUAUAUGAGCUGUUGUCUGCUUUAUCGUGGAGACGUGAAUCCUAAUGAUGUUAGCAACGCGAUCAGGUCUUUAAAGGGCAUGCGAUCUAUACGGUUUGUCGAUUGGAGCCCGACUUCUUUCAAGGUAGGAAUCAAUUUCCAACCGGCUGUCACAGUUCCUGGCGGCGAUUUAGCAAAGUCAAAACGAACUGUCACAGCGUUAAGUAACAAUACAGCUAUUCAACAUAUUUGGUCGAGACUCGUACGUAAGUACAAUUCGAUGUGCAAGAGGAGAGCCUUCUUCCAUCAUUAUCUAGCUGAAGGUAUGGAGGAGAGUGUUUUCGAAGAUGCCCGAGAUGACAUAAGCACUCUGGUGCAAGACUAUGUUGAAGUAGAGAAAUAAACAUCAUGCAUAUAUGUAUACUUUUUUCAGUCCAGUGUCACAUUUCUUGAUAUAGAAGUGCUUAUAAAUCAGUGUCUCGGUUAAGAGAAGAGUGGAAAUAAUUUUUCAACAAAUAUUUUUGCACAACGAGCGCAGCGAUAAUAACAAACUGCAUGCGUCGACUUUUUGAAUUUCGUUGCCGUUCUUGAUUUAUAGAAGCGUUUCAAGUAUAAGUCUCCCGCGAUCAAGAUCGGUAAUCGCGCCGAGUAUUAGAUAGAAAUAUUAGGAAGUUAAAUUAGUCCUAAUCCUUAGCAAUAGAUGGUUUUAGUAGCAAGUUAAUAGUUAGUAUGAAUGUUGAAAUCUAGCAACACUGAAAGAUUUGACAUUU